AUGCAGUCUUCGCUUAUCAAGGCCCAGCGCACCGCCUUCGUGCAGUCUGCGCGCCCUACCCGUCGUCCGGUGCGUGUGAUGGCAUCCACGGGCUUCUACGGCCUCAGCGCCAAAACGCUCGAAGGCGAGGCGUUCUCCUUUGACAGCUUCAAGGGCAAGGUGGUGGUCAUCACCAACGUGGCCUGCGCGUGCGGCCUCACAAACAGCAACUACACCCAGCUGGUCCAGCUGUACGACAAAUACAAGGACCAGGGUCUGGAGGUGGUGGCGUUCCCCUGCAACCAGUUUGGCCGCCAGGAGUCCGGCAGCCCCGAUCAGAUCCGCAAGUUUGUUGACACCAAGUACGGCGUCAAGUUCCAGAUGAUGGAGAAGGUUGACGUGAACGGGCCGUCCACCCACCCCGUGUGGCAGUACCUCAAGGGGGCCUGCGCAGGCUGCGACGGCGACGUCGACUGGAACUUCAGGGCCAAGUUCAUCGUGGACAAGAACGGCAACGUGGUGGCGCGCAGCGCCGCAGACCCCGCGGCCAUCGAGCCCAAGAUCAAGGAGCUGCUGGCCGCGUGA